CAUCCGAAGUAAAGCGAUUAUGUUCUAUCUUGUGGGUUUAGGCCUAGGUGAUGUAAAAGAUAUAACAGUACAUGGGUUAGAAAUUGUCAAGAAAUCAAAACGAGUAUAUUUAGAAGCAUAUACAUCAGUUUUACAAGGCGGACAAGCCGCUUUGGAAGAGUUUUAUGGCCGAGAUGUCAUAUUGGCUGACAGAGAUACAGUGGAACUACAGUCUGAUGAGUUGCUGACUGGAGCAGAUGAGGAGGAUGUCACGUUUCUUGUUGUAGGGGAUCCACUUGGUGCAACCACACAUACGGAUCUGAUUUUACGAGCAAUCGAGAGAAACAUUCCUUACAAGGUGAUACACAAUGCAUCUAUAAUGAAUGCCGUUGGGUGCUGUGGUUUACAGCUCUACACAUUUGGGGAGACUGUAUCAAUAGUGUUUUGGACAGACACAUGGCGACCUCACAGUUUCUUUGACAAGAUUGCAGCAAACAAGGAGAGAGGACUGCACACACUGUGUUUAUUAGAUAUUAAAAUGAAGGAACAGACUAUUGAAAACCUAAUGAAAGGUCGGAAAAUCUAUGAACCACCUAGAUUUAUGAUGACUAGUCAAGCAGCUGAGCAGAUUGUGGAAGUCAUUGAGAAGAGAAGGGAAGAAUGUGGAAGUUGUGUUUUGUCUGAAGACUCAGUCUGUGUUGGACUUGCCAGGGUUGGUUUAGAAAACCAGAAAAUUGUUGUAGCUACACUGAAACAAAUGACAUCAGUUGACCUUGGUGGUCCUUUGCAUUCUUUAAUAAUUCCAGGAAAUUUGCAUCCUUUAGAAAGUGACAUGUUAAGACAUUUUGCACUGGAUGAUACGGUUCAUACCCAGUUAAAAAGCUAGCAUACCAUGUCAGAAAUAAAUCUUCUGACACCAAAUUAUCUUGUGCUAUCUAGUUUUUAAUCAUUGGAUAAUGAUUUCCUGCCAGAGCUGGAUCAUAUAUUCUUAUAGCCAUAUUCUCUAAUUUUCACUUUUUUGAACAUCUGUUUUACAAACAAUACCAAUAUACAUGUACUCACUAAAAAACCCAACUCCAAAAUGUUUUAUAAGAAUAAAAUGUAUGACUUUUACAUGUGGAAAGGGAGAAGAAAUGAGAAGUAAUUUUAACACCUCAUCACAUCGUCUAACCAACAGUCAUUAGUUGUGGUUUUUUGUCUACCCCGACCCCAUGUUACUGGCAGAUAAUUUGCAUGGACGUAUAUCACAUCAAUUGGGAGUACUAAAUGCUCAGUUUAAAGUCGGGGCACUGUUGAGAUGUUAUUUGGUACAUACAGAAUAAGAACAAACCUAUUACUGUCAUAGAGCCUAUUUCUGUAAGGUAACAUAUAUACACUGCCCCCAGAGAGAAUAACACAAACAAACCUUGGCCUCGAUAUUCCAUUUGUAGUGCAUGUGGUUAGAAUGGGAAAUCACAUAUUAGAUCAACAAAGGUGGAUUGAUCUAUUCCAUCGGUGGAUGACUUGCUACUACACCUAGGCAUUGCACCUUUAUUGUUUAUGCAUAACCAAGAAUCAUUUUCUACCUUGGAUAAGGAGAAUAUACCCUUUGUGAUGCCAUUUUACUCCAAAAUAAUAAUUUUGCCACCUAUACUUUGAAGAGGGUUCAAACGCAGCUGCCUUAUGAACCAAAUUCCAUGACUUUUAAAGGCAUUUUCCAUGAUCUUUUAAAAAAAUUAUCUUUUUUCUUUCUUUCUUUUUACUUAUUUUCAUACUUAUAUCCUAUUAAGAUUCAAGCACUGC